ACAGAGGAACGAGUUUUACGACAAGUUUGGGAAAUGUUUGCCAAUUGCUGUGGGUUUAAAAGCUCCUCCCUCCCAAGGGCCGGGCCAACCUGCACCGUGGUAAAGCUUCAGCUUUUCUGGAGCCAAUGCGGAAGUGAAAUGCGGGUUUUUUAGGCCAGGUUGCUGCUGGUGUCUCCUGGUGGUUGGCUCUUCUUUUGACUCCUGCUGGCGGCCCCGCAGACACAGCUCAGGAUUUUAGGUUAUGCCAGCAUUUUAUGUGAACUGGAAAGAGUGGAUCUAUGAACUUUUAAAUAUACACUAUAUAAAUAAACAUAAAUAUUUGAUGGGAAACUUCCUUACGUAGAGAAGAUGAACAAGACAAUAACUCCAUCAACAUAUGUAAGGUGCCUAAAUGUUGGCCUGAUUAGGCAGCUGGCAGAUUUUAUUGAUCCUCAGGAAGGAUGGAAGAAGUUAGCAGUUGAUAUUAAAAAACCUUCUGGAGAUAGUAGAUAUAACCAGUUUCAUAUAAGGAGAUUUGAAGGAUUACUUCAAACUGGAAAGAGUCCCACUAGUGAACUACUCUUUGACUGGGGAACCACAAAUUGUACAGUUGGAGACCUUGUAGAUCUGUUAGUCAGAAAUGAAUUUCUAGCACCAGCACGUCUGUUGCUGCCAGAUAAUGUUCCAGAAAUUGUUCAUGUACUCCCACAAGAAGAAAUAGCCACUCAAAAGAAAUUGCCACCUCUUUAUGACAAAGAAAAGACACAUGUGAAGCCUGUCUUUAUUCAGAAUCAUGAACAAAUGUCUUCACCUCGGGACUCCUCAAGUCUAGGCAUGAAAAGUUUGGAAGUUAGUGAUACAUGUUUUCAGAGUUUUUCAUUUUAUGAAUUAAAGAGUGUUACAAAUAACUUUGAUGAGAACCCUAUGUCAGCUGGUGGAAACAAAAUGGGAGAGGGAGGCUUUGGAGUUGUGUAUAGAGGCUAUAUCAAUAACAGAACUGUGGCAGUGAAGAAGCUUACAACUAUGGCUGACAUUUGUACUGAAGAACUAAAACAGCAGUUUGACCAAGAAAUAAAAAUAAUGGCAAAGUGUCAACAUGAAAACUUAGUAGAACUACUUGGCUUCUCGAGUGACGGUGACAACUUCUGUUUGGUGUAUGUCUAUAUGCCUAAUGGUUCAUUGCUUGACAGACUGUCUUGUCUGGAUGACACUGUACCACUUUCCUGGCAUACAAGAUGCAAAAUUGCUCAAGGUACAGCUAACGGCAUCUACUACUUACACGCAAACCAUCAUGUUCAUAGAGAUAUUAAAAGCGCAAAUAUUUUACUUGAUGAGGACUUCAUACCCAAGAUUUCUGACUUUGGACUUGCACGAACUUCUGAAAAGUUUAACCAAACAGUCAUGACUAGCAGAAUUGUGGGAACAACAGCCUAUAUGGCUCCUGAAGCUUUGCGAGGGGAGAUAACACCUAAAUCUGAUGUUUAUAGCUUUGGUGUGGUCUUACUAGAAAUAAUAACCGGACUGCCAGCAGUAGAUGAGCAACGUGAACCUCAAUUAUUGUUAGAUAUCAGAGAGGAAAUCGAAGAUGAAGAAAAGCAUAUUGAAGAUUAUGUUGAUGCAAAAAUGAAGGAUGUGGAUUCUACAUCUGUUGAAAAAAUGUAUUCUAUUGCUAGUCUUUGUCUUCAUGAAAAGAAAAAUAAGCGACCAGACAUUGAUAUGGUAAAGCAGCACCUCCGUGAGAUGACAUCAUCCUGAUUUCCUAAGAUUUUAUUAAGAUAUCAUCUAAAUUAAUCUUGGAGGUUGACUCCCAGGUUUGUCAGUCCAGAAAAAAAUAUUUUUUUUAAUGUAUAAAGCUUUGGAACCUCAUCUUCUGCAUCAGAACUUGCAUUUUUGAAUUUUAAAUUAUUUUAAAUUUCCCUUGCUUUAUAAUCUAGAUCAGUUUUAGUCAGACUUUGAGUCUAUACCAACUUGCAUGGCUGUCUUUAGGUACAAUUUUAGUAUCCUAAUGUAAUUGAAGAUUUAUAGAAUACCAUAUGUAAAUAUUUUACUAUAAUGCAUCAGUAGAUAAAAAAAACCCUAAUUUUACUGUAUUUCUUCCUUUUGCUAUAUAGAAUAUAAUUAGAUCAUUUUUGCUAUAGUAAAUAUGAUUCAAGAAAUAACUUUAAUCUUUUUCUUCUAUAUUUAGCAUAUAAUGGUUAAUUUUUAAAGCUGUUGUGAUAGAAGUUAAGGUAAAAUGAGGCACAAAGUUCCCAGCACAUUCAGUUUAUUGGCAGGGCUAGCAAAUACCAAUAAAAGGGGGCUAGACUCCUCAGUCAGGGGCUGGCUAGAACUGUAUAUAAGGAGAGCCCAGAGUGUGAGAGAAGCAGACAUUGAGAGGGCAUUGAAGAGAAGACAUUGAGAGAGCCACCAGUGUUGAGGAGAAUGAAGAGAAGAGAUGAAGAAGAAUGACCUGUCAACACUGGGCUGAGAGGAAACCUAAAAGAGCUGGCAAGAGACCUAAAAGAGCUGGGAGGAGACCUCUAAAGCAGAGAGGAGACCUCUGAGAGUGAAGAGGAGACCUUUGAUGGCAGAGACUUGCUGAAGCAGCCUCCAAACUUUGAAGGCAAGUGGAGCUGUAGGGCAGAGACUGCCCACAGGAAGGAGGCUUAGGAGCCCCUUUUGAGAGCUGUUAAAGUGAACUGAGCUGUUAACACAGAGCCUCUGGACUUUGGAGGUGAAUUGAGAUGGUGGUCUUGGUGGUGUGUGUUGCUGCCCUGUUAAGCUUUGUUUUCCCAGAAACAGAAUCUGCAGGCAGGAACCCCUGGAGCCUGCUGUUGGGCAGGACCUUGGACUGGAGCUGUGAGCUGAGACCUGGUGCAGGAGUGGAGAGUUGCCUAUAUGUGAAUCCAGGCAAGAGCUGGGAGUGGUCAGCCUACAGAAGAAGAGCCCUGGGACUUGGAAAUCAACUUUGAGUCAAGAUGAAAGAGGACUUUACUUGGAUGCUUGGUAAUGAUUAAGGAGAUUGUUCUUACUGUGACCUAGGGGUGGAUGGUGUGGUAUUUUCUGCUACCCCUUAAGGAUGUGUUGUGCUAAGGAAGAUCUUAGCCCGGGACCCCCUCCUGUGUAAACAAGUUAUUUUGGGGAAUGCUACUGAAUACGAUAUAUGCUAUGCAUAUAUGUGUGUGUGUACGCGCACACACACACACACACACACACACACACAUCUUGCUUAAGGAUAUUGCCAUGAAUGAUAUGUUAUGCUUUAUCGAACAAUGCUUUGGUUUAUUGCUGAAUAAAGAGUUCAUUAUAAAUGCA